GAAUAACAUAAGCAAGCACUGAUGUUGUGACGUUUGGUUAGAAAGAAAGCCAAACGUCAGAAACGGCCGUGGUAACAUUUGACACUGUUAUUGGUUUCGUCAAAUGAAUGGCAAAAUACAUGUGGUGGCCCGAGUACAACACUACACUGUUGGGAAGGUUUAUUGCCGGUGACUUUGAAAGUUUCGUAUCUAUAAUGAAUUAUGACACCCAGAUACAGACUAAAAACUGUACAAGUUUCCCUAAAUGCUCAGAAUCCGUAUGAUUUCUGAUAUAUGGCCGUAAGAUUCACCGCAAAAAACGUAUGAACUACAGCUAAACAGUACGAGUUGACAGGUUCUGAUCUGUGAUUUAAGUUCAAAAGGUUUCACUAGGAAUGCAUAUGAUACAGCUUGCUGACCUGCACGUGUUUACCAUCCGCUCCAGUCAAGUCCAAAAUGUCCACUAACUCGGAGUCUAUAAAAGUAGUGGUCCGUUGUCGUCCUAUGAAUGACAAAGAAAAGGCAGCCACGUUUGAAAGUGUGGUCUCAGUUGAUGUCAAAUCACAACAAAUUAUUGUCAGGAACACAAGAGACUCGUCAGCAUGCAAAUCCUCAAAAGUGUUUACUUUUGAUUCAGUCUACGACUGGAAGUCAACGCAAAAAGAGCUGUAUGCUGAAAGCUUUAGCCCCCUUGUGGAUUCAGUUCUGCAAGGAUUUAAUGGAACUAUUUUUGCAUAUGGACAAACAGGCACAGGAAAAACUUACACCAUGGAGGGUACAAGAAACGAUCCAGAAAGGAGAGGAGUUAUCCCUAACUCUUUUGAUCACAUUUUCACUCAUAUUUCAAGAUCUCAAAAUCAGCAGUACCUGGUGCGAGCGUCCUAUCUAGAGAUUUAUCAAGAAGAGAUCAGAGAUUUACUCUCCAAGGACCAGUCACGCCAUCUUGAGCUUAGAGAAAGGCCAGACACUGGCGUUUAUGUAAAAAAUCUGUCAUCGUUUGUUACCAAAAGUAAAGAAGAGAUUGAAAACGUCAUGAACGUGGGCAAUCAGAAUCGCUCAGUGGGCGCCACAAACAUGAACGAACACAGCUCGCGUUCUCAUGCCAUCUUCGUCAUCACUGUAGAAUGCAGUGAAUUGGGAGUGGACAGGGAGAACCAUAUCCGAGUUGGCAAGCUCAAUCUGGUGGAUCUAGCUGGUAGUGAAAGGCAGACCAAGACGGGGGCUCAGGGGGAGAGGCUGAAAGAAGCUACCAAAAUCAACCUCUCACUUUCUGCUUUGGGGAACGUCAUAUCAGCUCUUGUGGAUGGCAGGAGUAGCCACAUACCCUACAGAGAUUCGAAACUGACCCGCCUUUUACAGGACUCGCUUGGGGGCAACGCCCGCACCGUCAUGGUCGCCAACAUCGGACCAGCGUCUUACAAUGUGGAAGAGACUUUAACAACACUGCAUUACUCCAACAGAGCGAAGAACAUUAAGAAUACCCCGUGCAUCAAUGAGGACCCCAAGGAUGCCCAGCUCAGGAAAUUUCAGGAGGAGAUUGCGAGACUGAAGGCACAACUGGAGAAACGUACGGGGAAGAAAAACAAGAGGAGGCAAAAGAGUAGUGCUUGUGAUUGUACCAGUGGUGAUGAUCAGGCAGCAGAGUGUGAAGAUGAGGAUGAGGAUGAGGACAACAGAGAGGAUUAUUGGAGGGAGCGGCAAGAGAUGCUGGAGAGGGAGAGGAAAGCAAUCAUGGAAGAUCACAGCCUGGUGGCUGAGGAGAAAGUUCAACUCUUGAAGGAGAAGGAGAAGAAAAUGGCUGACCUGAAAAGGGAGGAGAAGGAGGGAGAGCUGCUGACGACAAAAAUUAAGACAAUGGAGAGCAAACUUCUUGUUGGGGGGAAGAACAUUGUGGAUCAUACAAAUGAGCAGGAGAGGAUGCUGGAAUUGAAAAGACAAGAAAUUGCUGAACAGAAAUCAAGAGAGCAAGAGAUGCGACAGCAGAUGGAGUGUCGAGAUGAGGAGACUCUGGAGCUAAAGGAAACAUACAGUUCUCUACAACAGGAAGUGGACAUUAAAACCAAGAAAGUGAGAAAGUUGUUUGCCAAACUGGAGGCUGUGAAGGCAGAAAUCCACGACAUCCAGGAGGCACACAUCAGUAAACGUCAGCAGCUGGAACAGAACCAGAACAAGCUCACUCGAGAGCUUAAACUCAAGUCUCAGAUGAUUGACAAUUUCAUUCCGUUGGAGGACAAGAACAAAGUAGUGAGCAGAGCUUAUUUUGAUGAUGAGGAUGAAUACUGGAAAAUGAUGCCCAUCACACGCAUUGAGCAUGAUCCUCGGAUGAUGAGCAGACCUCAGUCUGCUUUGGGAUUCAGAAGACCUCUAAGUCACCAUGCUUGUAUGGCCAUGAUGAUCAGCCUUGACAUGAGAUACAAAGCUGAGAAUAUCCUGUUGCUAGGCAUGGAUAUGCCAGCUCGGACCACCAAAAACUAUCAGCAGCCAGUAAUCGCCCCAAAAGUGGUAGCUGCUCUAAAGGACGCCCUGAGGGAUGAGGAGGACCUCGAGGUGGAUGCAUCAGAACUCAAUGGUGGCCUUUCACCUUUAGCCAGUACAAGUGGAGGCAUUAGGAAACAAAAGUCUGGUCGACCACGCUCAAGUAAACUGUUGAACGCUCGCACUGCUUCAUGCAGCCCUCACAAUCAUUCAUCCCCAAUCUACCCGCAAACCCGUGGACUGGUUCCCAAGUGAAAGUGGAUUCUCCCAACACCUUUUUUUUCAAUGUAAUUUUUGUAGCUGAAAUAUGAGCCGGCAGGGGCUGAACUCCGGUGCACAUAAAUGUGAUGCACAUAAAAUGUGUGAUCACACUUGAGGAUUGUAUUAUCUUUUCAUGGAAUGUUCAAUUGCUUUGCUUGCAAUACCUUGUUCAAGGUUUAAUUUUUUCGAUUGUGUAAAAAUGUUUAUUAAUUUUAGAUUAGAAUUUUUCCACUGUUACACUGCAUUUCUUCUUAAUUUACCUGUGAAUUAUUUUAAUUUCAUAUUUUUUGUAUUUACAUAUACGAAAAAAAUUGGGAAUUUGUUUCUCUUCCUGUUUUAAUUUCAAACGAAUGAAAUUCAUUUGCGUGUUUUUUUUUGUUUUUUUUUACCAGACGGGGGCAGAGUUGUGUCACAGAAAAUUUCCAUUGAACCCAACCGGGAGCUAGAAUUUUUUGAAAUCUUGGCUUUUAAAUCACCAUCUUGUGUUUGUAUGUUUAUUUUCACAGAACUAUACAGUGCAUAACACACAGGUGAGAUUAAGAAUUACAAACCACAGCCAUGUAAGAGAGUAUACUAACACAACUGUGUAAUGGUUUGAGUUGUAAUCCAGACAGUAAGUACCAACUUGUCAUUUUAAUUAUUUGCUAAUAUACAAAUUGCUGUCUCAGUUAAAAGGAGACCAGAUUUAAGGAUGGCGAAAAGGAAUUUUGGGUGUUGAUCUCUGUGUUUUUUAAAAAAUGGCUUUGAGACCAUAAAUGGUGUUGUGUGUGCA